AUGGACGAAGAGCAAUCCCCCUUGAUACGGAUCCCCGCCGAAAUCCGCAUCAUGAUUUACGAAUACCUCCUCGAUGACGCCGGCGAAAGAAGACUUGCCGUCCGCAACAAGGCAAUGCACCAGCUGCAUACCGGCGCCCUGAGCACCUACCGCCGUACCUCGUACCGCAUUAUAGAGAGGUCGUUUCACAGGCAAUGCUUCGAGACGACAUACGCACACCACCACCCGGCCAGCACCAAGUCCAUAAUGCACCCGGAAAUCAUGGCCGUCAACCGCCGCAUCCACCGCGAGACGAGCCACCUCCUCUACGGCCGCCCUCACGGCUUCGAUUUUGGUAGCGAUGUUGAGGCCGUGGUGCCCUUCCUCAAAGACCUGACGCCAUCCUCCCGCUCUGCGAUCCAGGAACUCACGAUCCGCAAGGACGGACCUGUGAUGCAUUGCAAUAAUGAGAGCGACCGACUCGACUGGGCGACAAUGUGCGCCUACCUCCGCCGGCUGGAUAAGGUGAUACCAAGGCUGCGCAUCGUUGUCGAGGGCGGACGACCGACGGCAGCGUGGGAGGGGCCGCAGGCGCUGAGCGUCUCGGACCUGAGGCUGUUGGCGCUCAUUAAGCACGAUAGCAUGGAGUGGGUCGCCGAGUUGGCCAAGGUCGAGGGGAUUGAGAAGCUGGAGAUUGUGCCGAGGAUACGGCAUCUCCCCGCGCCCGGAACGACUGCGACGCUGCUGUUUGCUGCGUUUUCCGCGUCGAUUGAUACGGCGCUUGUUGAAUAUUUGCAGACGGACUGCGGACUUCCUGCCACGGCUGCGUCUCUUACAGCUUGA